AUGCCUGCUACUACUCCUACUGCUUGGAGACAGGCCUCCCGCGCCUGCUCCAGGCAUCUGUCAUCUAAUGGCACAUGGUCUGUCGCUCGUCGCGUCCCCGCCACUCGUGCCCUGAGUGCCACUCGCUCUUAUGUGACCGAGACCAAGGCUGGACACGCCCAAGUGAACAUCGAGACUGCCAUCAAGGAGGAACAAAAGUCAUUUAUGAACAAAGCUGGUGUCGCCCCAGGAGGUGUCAAAAUGCCUGGAUCCGCAACUUCUGGCGAUGCGGCUUUGAGUCCUUCCGCUGCCCUCCUCAAGCAGGCUACUGUUAUGGACCAAGGAACCCGCCCUAUCUACCUCGAUAUGCAAGCGACUACUCCGCUCGAUCCCCGUGUCCUCGACGCUAUGCUCCCUUUCCUCACUGGAAUUUACGGAAACCCCCACUCGCGAACACACGCUUACGGAUGGGAGUCGGAGAAGGCUGUCGAACAGGCCCGUGAACAUAUCGCCAAGUUGAUUAAUGCCGACCCGAAGGAGAUUAUCUUCACUUCUGGUGCGACUGAGAGUAACAAUAUGAGUUUGAAGGGUGUUGCGCGAUUUUUUGGCCGAUCGGGCAAGAAGAAGCAUAUCAUCACUACUCAGACUGAACACAAGUGUGUGCUUGAUAGCUGUCGCCAUUUGCAAGAUGAGGGAUUCGAGGUGACUUACCUCCCCGUCCAGAACAAUGGUCUUAUUCGUAUGGAGGAUCUGGAGGCUGCUAUGCGUCCUGAGACUGCCAUCGUCAGUGUUAUGGCUGUCAACAAUGAGAUUGGUGUCAUCCAGCCCUUGGACCAGAUUGGUGAGCUUUGCCGCUCUAAGAAGGUUUUCUUCCACACCGAUGGUGCUCAGGCUGUUGGAAAGAUUCCCCUUGAUGUCAACAAGUCUAAGAUCGACUUGAUGUCUAUCUCCAGCCACAAGAUUUAUGGUCCUAAGGGUAUUGGUGCUUGUUAUGUGCGCCGUCGCCCUCGUGUUCGUCUGGAUCCCCUCAUCACUGGUGGUGGUCAGGAGCGUGGUCUGCGUAGUGGUACCUUGGCUCCUCAUCUCAUUGUCGGAUUCGGUGAGGCCUGCCGUCUUGCUAUUCAAGAUAUGGAGUACGAUACAAAGCACAUCAACCGCCUAUCCAAGCGUCUGAGCGAAGGCUUACUCUCCAUGGAGCACACCACCCUAAACGGUGAUCACGAGCACCACUACCCCGGCUGUGUGAACAUCUCCUUCGCCUACGUCGAGGGUGAAUCUCUCCUGAUGGCCCUGAAGGACAUCGCUCUCUCCUCCGGUAGUGCCUGUACCUCCGCCUCCUUGGAACCCAGCUACGUUCUCCGCGCCCUGGGAAGCAGCGACGAGAGUGCCCACAGCAGUAUUCGAUUCGGUAUUGGUCGUUUCACUUCUGAUUCUGAGAUCGAUUAUGUUCUUAAGGCUGUUCAGGAACGUGUCUCUUUCCUGCGUGAGCUUAGCCCGCUUUGGGAGCUGGUGCAGGAGGGUAUUGAUUUGAAUACUAUUGAGUGGAGCCAGCACUGA